AUGGAUAUUUACGAUCUGGAUAUCGGAAAGCCAGUCAACAAAAAGUGGGUUGUCGAGGCCAAAGUCGGCGAAGGAGCCUGCGGUGUUGUUUACCGCGUCCAUGACGUCGAAAACAAAAAGAUUAAGGCAGCUCUUAAGGUGAGAUUCUGCUACAACAAUAUUUAAAUUAAUAUUUUAGACUGAAGCUAACGAUGAAAACGGAGUCUUGAGGAAAGAAGCAAAUGUAAUCAAACAACUCCAACUUCGAAAGCACAUGGUCCGCCUUAUCCACUGUGGAAAGCGAGAACAGUAUUCCUAUAUUGUAAUGACCCUCUAUGGGAAGAAUCUAAACCAGAUCAAAAAAGAUUACGAGCUCAAGAACUUCACUCAUGGAUGUGUGUCCAAGAUUGCCAUUCAAGCAUUAUAUGCCAUUAAGCAAGUCCAUGAAAUCGGAUAUAUACAUCGAGAUGUGAAACCUUCCAAUAUGGUGAUCGGGCGACAAGGAAUGGAGAAGAGAAUGGUGUUCUUGAUCGAUUUCGGAAUGUGUCGCGCUUAUGCCGUAUGGGAAGGUGGAGUGGCAAGACAUCGAAAAGCUCGUGAAAAGGCUCUGUUAAGAGGAACGGCUCGAUAUUGUUCUCCACAAGUCCAUUCAAGACAAGAACAAGGCCGCAGGGACGAUGUUUGGGCACUAGGUAAGAGUAAAAAAUGUGAAGAGCAUAAUAUUAACUACUUCUAGUCUAUGUCAUGGUCGAAUUAGCAGACAAAUUACCUUGGACCGGGAAGAAGGCAAGUCAACCUUUACCUAAAAUGACAAAACCUAGGAGCCAGAGACUGCCAAAAUGAAGCAAGAAAUUACCGACGAGAAAUUACUUGAACACUGUCCUUCAGAAUGGUUGGACAUUUUCACCCAUAUCCGCAAUCUAACUUAUGAAGACCGUCCGAAUUACAGAUUAAUUUAUGAUAAACUUCUGGCCACCAUGACACGUCUCAAGACAACUUUCACCGAUCUUUAUGAUUGGGAAGUGAUCCAGAGCCAGAAAAAGGCAGAUCAAAAGGACAAGAGCAGCACUCAGUCCAGCGCUGAUGCUAGAUCUUCGACCACUGCAUCCAAUUCUAAGGAAAGUCCUUACCCCUUCCCGAAUGUCAACCCAGUGGAAUUUGAUAGCAACGACAUCAAACUUUGA